AUGAGCCAAGAACUAGGUUUUGUAGAAGCGUGCCUCUCUAUGCUCAAAAGCCUCAGCGCUUCGGAUGAGACACUGCUCCCCAGUCCGGGGAUAUACUCCCCACUUGCUGAGUUGAAUCUUCGUGACAUUAAUGCCGUGUCAUUCAUGAGUGCUAUUCGAGAAAGACCUCUUUCCAAUGAUGCUCAAGUCCUCUUGAUACGUUUGUACGAGCGUGUUUUGAUCAAGCUAAAGGGUGCUUCCAUGGAAAAGUUCACUCAAAUUCAACGUCGUUGGGGCUCCGCUCGCCGUCGUGCGCUCCCUCGUAUGGAGCAGCUAUUCAAGUUGCAGUGUCAAUUGGCCGCUACACGUAUGCAAGACGCACUACUAGGCAUUAUAGACGAACGCUUAAAAAACUUCCAGGACGCUGCAAACGAGCCCACAGAUGCCCACCGUGGACACAGCCCGAAAGCUGUGGCUAUAUUGGAGAAGGCCUUUGAGCAUGCACCCAAUAUUACACAGGCCGAGAAGUACAAGCUUGCUGAAGCAACUGGGCUUCAACCACGCCAAGUCACUAUCUGGCUAACAAGCAGUUUCAAAAUCGACGGAACCGACGAUCGCACACACGUCGCUCAACCACGGUUGAACCGUCGCCCGCUUUCUUAA